AUGCAAGGCAAAAUAUGCCUAUGGCACUCAUACGCGCCCAGCGCUGGCUCUGCUCCUGCUCCUGCCCCUCCUCUUUUUUGCUCUCCUCUCUCUCUCCAGCUCUCUGCACCUGUUUUUGCUCUUCCUUCUGCUCUUGCUCCUGCUCUCACUCCUACACCUGCUCCUGUUGUAGCUUUUGCUACAUCCCUUCCUUCUUCUUCUCCUAGUAUUCCUCAAAAUUCAAGUUUUUGA